UAUCAAAUCGCAUAGCAUCAGGAAUUCGGCGAGGUUGGGAUACACAGGAUGGAUAUCACUCAUUCUAUUCUCUCCAACCGUGAGAGUGCCUUGCUCACCGGGGACUAUGGCACUUAUCAUGCGCAACUGUCUCGUCAGCUACGCUCGGUCAGAAAGCGAGUGGGAUGGACCACGUCUUCGAAAAAUACAAAAUAUGUCCAGCGACCCGAUAUCACCGCAGAAGACAUUGGUGGGAAUAAGGAAUUCGUUACUCUGCUACUCCUCACCGCGGAGCGUGCUAGAGCGCAUGCCAUGCAAUUGAAGGCCCAAAAGGCAACCGACAACUCAGGAAAAGGACCGACUGGCUCCGCUCGAAGCCACAUAAUUUCUCGAUUGAACAAGGCGGCCAAGUGUGCGAACAACCUAACUCUGCUAUUGCAUGACCGUGGAGCCACGAAAUCCACCGAUGAAGAUGUCCUCGAAGCCGAAGCAUGUGUGCUGAUGUUGAAGGGCGAAGAAGAGUUCGAAAAACAAUCCCAAGGCAGCAGAGAUCGCGAUGCCCAAGGCUCGAGGGAGCGAUGGCAAACCUGCCUCACCCACUUCUCCGCUGCACGAGUCAUCUACAAUGCACUGUUCAAGUCGACGAAGAAUGAGCAGUUCAAGGAGUUGAUUGCGAAUACGAUCGACCCAAGUCUGGAAUACGCGUCGUACCGUGCGCAUGGGACCCGAAAAACUGCCGUGGCUGCGGUAGCAAGGCGGUAUUUCCCAGCGGACAACGAGCAGCUGCUCGGCCUGAUUGAGAAGCUGGACUCCGAUGCGCUGAAGGAUCCCAGGGAGUUGGCCGGGAGGACGUCGACGGAGAAUUUCCCCACCAACAUAUCUUGGCGUGGCAGGGAAGCGAAUAUCACCGACGCUUCAAUUGGGCAAGCAUUGGCGACUGUUCAAAGCGAAGCGGCGAAGCUGAAGUCCGCAUUGGCCGAUCUGAUGCAGUCGUCGAACAAGGAGCGCGGAGCCGCGUACGAUGACAUUCUCAUCGCAAAUCAAGAUGCCGCUGACACGGUCCGCCAUGCGAUCGAAGAGCUGGAGAAAGAAGGUGUCGAUGAGGGCGAUACCAGAAUGCAGGAUCUCCGUGUGACGAGCCUAGCGAUCAACUAUGAUCUCAUUGGAUGGCGGGUUGGCCGAAACCGCAUGCUUAUCGGUUUAGAUGAUGGAUUGAAAAUGGAAGGGGAGAAAGCCAGGCGACCACGACGACCAAGGAAAGACGGUAAGGAAUGGGUCGAAAAGCCUGAAGGGACUGGAAGAGCACUGGCAAGAUUCCGAGAGCGAGUAGUGCUGUACAAUGGCAUCUUGCAGAGCAUCGAUUCGGUCAAGGAGCUGAGGGGUGCUGCGCGAGACCAGACAUUUCUGAAGGAGUUGGAAGGGCAGCUGGCGUACUUCCGCGCCCUGAAGUGCCUGAACAUAGCAUAUGCGCAUUCCUUGCAAUCCGCAACAACCAACGCCCUCGCCCUCCUCUCCCAAGCCAAAGACCUCUCAACCAACGCAUCCUCGACCGUCUCAUCCUCGCUCUCCGAAUCCGACGUUCCUAAGCUAUCCUUCACGUCUCAGCAAUCCACAUCCCUCCAGUCCCACCUCCAAUCCCUCGUCCUCCGCUUCCACAGCCUCGCCGACAUCCAAGACCGUCUUGAAACCGAAGCCGCCGAAGCCAACAAGGCCCGCACCGCCGCGCCCCCGGUGAUCGAGCGGCUUGCUGCCUAUCCACCUGGUGGGCCGGAUGUAAACCAGAUGGUGGAGUACCCGCCAAAGCUGAGUCCGGUGCCGGUCAAGCCGCUGUAUCUGGAUUUGGCGUGGAAUUAUAUACAUUAUCCGGGUCAGGGUGAAGAGGUUGCGGCUGCUGCCGCGCCUGUGGAGGAGGCUGGGGAGGAAGAGACGGAGGCAGAGGAGCCGAAGCCGGCGAAGCGGGGGUGGUUUGGGUUUGGCAGGGCGUAAGCUAGCGAAAUCAGAUACAAUUUCACACCUGAACUAUGGUGAUCUGCGAUAGUUUGUACC